AUGUCGCAACUCGGUUCGCAAAAAGCCCAAUUUACGAAGGCCGCUAACUCACUACGCAAGAAGAUCGCGGAAGUCGAUCAGGCCAACCUCGAUCUUGUGGACUUUGCUUCGGAGGCGAGUAAAGAUCCACAUUUGGUUUUCAAUCGUUUGAAUUCUUUUUCUCUUUCAUUUUCUUCUAUUAGUCGUGCUGCCUCUGCCCUACGUGGCCAGUUGGAGAAAGCCGAAGAGUUUGCUCGGCAGAAUCCUGACGAGCGUGGAGAGUUCCCUUUCCUCUCCGACAUCCAUACUCAUUGGGAAACCGGUGGGAUGGAUGAUCUUCUGGAGGAAGCGGAUGCUCUUCUUGUUCGCUUGGAUUCGGCGAUCAGACUUCUUCCUAUUUUGGGAGGCCUUCAAUCUUCUGUUCCAUCUGUUGCUCCAUCCUUGCCGCGCAAUUCCCCGCCCCAUACUACCCAAGAUCCUGCGCCAUCCUCUCAACACGCGCAUCAGGCGGAAGUGGCGGUGCACAGCCAUUCUCCGUCUCGUCCAUCUGACCCAACAGCGUCUGUUGACCAGCGUCCCCUUGCGAGCCACACUGGCGCGCAUCCCUCGGGCGGAUUUGGCUUCCCCUCGGGUAACCCUCCGUCGAAUCCCAUCCACUUUUCGCAAUCCCCAUCUGGGCUUCCAAAUUCUCUGCCAAAUCCUUUUUCGCAUGACCUUCAAGCCUCAUCCUCUUCAUCCCUUAACCCCUUUUUGUCCUUGGAGCAACCUGUGAAGUUGCCUUCUUACGAGAUCCCAACCUUCAGCGGCGAUAUCGAGGCAUUCUCCGAGUUUUGGGACAUCUUUUCUACAGCCGUGCAUAAUAACAACACCGUGCCGGCAGCAGUCAAGUUCAUGUACUUGAAGUCGGUCCUUAGAGGAGAUGCUGCUCGGAUUAUCGCAGGCUUCAAACCAACGGCGAAGAAUUACGACACUGCAGUACGCACCAUUCUGAGUACGUACGAUCGUCCUGAGAUUCUGAGAAGUCGAUUGUGGGACAAGUUGUCGCAGCAGUCACCGGCGUCAGACUCUGCAAUUUCGCAACGCGCUACACUUUGCGCGCUUCAGGCAACUUGGUACCAGAUGAGGGAGUUGAACGAGGAUUACAGUUCGAUCGCUACGUUGAGGACAAUUCGAUCUAAGUUUCCCUGGCGUACACGCGAGAAAGUUGGCGAACUGAAGGGCAAAAGUGACACUAUGUGGACAGUGGACGAGCUGUUGUCAGCUCUCAGCACGGUUAUUGAUAGACUGCAAGUGGUAGAGGAUUCCGAUCCAGCAGGUCAUCGCGCUUAUAAUUCGUAUUCCACAGUUCGUCAGCAUUCUCCUUCCCCGUAUAGGUAUCCCGGCACGAGUCAGCCGUACAUGAGGUAUCCAUCGUAUCAGCAACAACCAGCUUACUUACGUUACGCGCGUAGCUCGCGCUCACCAUCACCCAGAUACCGUGACGCCACCUACAGACCUCCGACUCCUUAUUACCCGCGGCGCACAUCACGUAGCCCUGUUAGACCUCAGUAUACCACACCUUGGGAGCCUCAUUGUGCCUUCUGUUUCCGUCAUGGACAUCCUUCGGAGUGUUGUAUGACAGUACGCGACGUGCAACAGAGGAGAGAGCUCGUCAACCAGUAUAGACUGUGUUGGCUGUGUCUCGAAGAAGGUCACACGUUCAACAUCUGCAGAGCCCCAGCGUGUAGAUACUGUGGCAGAUUACACCAUCCAGCUUUGUGUGCUACAUUACCACCAGCGCCCUAUUCGUCGUACCCACCUGCGCAAUUCCGUCAGCGCACUCCUUCACCUAGACGCGUACAGUUUGAGACGACAGCGCACCCUUCACCACCUCGCACCCAAUACGCGAGUCCGCGCACUUCUCCUUCGCGUCGACCUACUCUCAGACAGCCAUCUCCAUCUAGGCGUCAGUCACGUUCCAACUCUAGACGCGCUACUCUUCCUCGAAGAUCUUCAAACGCGUUUCCCGCUGUGCAAACGUCCACCUGCACUCCAGUCGCGCAUGAUUCCAUCCAGUCAGAUGAGCCCAUAGAGUUGCUCGACCAACAUGAAGCUAGCUUAGGGCCACACCCACCUUCAUCUUGUACGUCUGUGUGCCAAGCUGCUUCUACAACUCAGGUUCCUCGUCUAAUGGUGGUUCAUGCUAUAACCCGGAAUCUUAAAACUAGUACGGACGAACUGCUUACUGUUUUCCUUGAUAGCGGUUCGCAGUAUAGUUUUAUCUGUACCUCGCUGGCCUACCAUCUCGGCCUGACUUUUAAGAAUACAAGGACUGUCACGACUCUGACCUUCGGAGGACAUCAGUUCACUGAAGACUCGUCAGAAGUCACACUCACGUUAUGGGACCAGCUCGAUCGUCCAAUUCAACUUCAGCUUUGGACGCGCGAUACCAUCACAACGGUCUCGAAGACGAACAACCUGGAUGAGAUGAACAACACUUAUAUGGACGAUAGAGUCGAAGUCGACGUACUCACUGGAAUAGAUAACUACUGGCGCGUUGUGGACUUGCAUAGGAAUGAGAAGCUUCCAUCAGGUCUCAUUCUGUCCCACACUCGCUUCGGACCAGUUCUAUCAGGUCUUAGUUAUCCAGUAGUAUCGGAGAUUACUAGCUCGGCAACGACUCUACUCAACGAUGACGCGCCAGGAACGGAACAGCUUUUACGAAGUCUCCUCGGCCUAGACACACUCGGAUUAGACGAUUCAGAUGUAUCACCAGAUGCCGACGUCAUCAGGCAGUUCUACGACAGUGUUAGGAUAAUCGACGGUUCCAUCUACGUCGCAUUCCCGUGGAAAUCCCAGCAUCCUCCUUUGGCAGAUAAUAAAGCUCUCGCCUUUCGUCGCUUAGAGAGCCAGUACGAGAGGCUCCAUGCAGUACCAUCAGCGUGGAGCGAAUACUGCCACACCUUUGAUCGUCAGUUACGAUCAGGCGUGAUCGAGGAUGUUACGGAUUUGCCCCCUACGAGUCCUAACACGUAUUACAUCCCACACCAGGCAGUGUAUAAGGAGGAUAGCCAGACCAUCAAGCUACGUAUAGUCUUUGAUGCCUCGAGUCAUCAGAAAGGACAUCCCAGUCUGAACGAUUGCCUGCAUCGAGGACCCUCCUUAAUACCCGAUCUUGUAGGAACCCUGCUGCGUAGCCGUCUACAUUGUUAUCUGAUGAUCGCCGACGUAGAGAAAGCCUUCCACCAGAUCCACUUACACCAGAAUCAGAGGGACUGCACCAGAUUUCUCUGGUUGAGAGAUGUCCACCAACCUCCGUCGGCAGAGAAUCUCCGGAUCUUGCGUUUCACGCGCGUUCCUUUCGGCAUCAACGCAUCACCGUUUCUACUCAACAUGUCCAUCAGAUAUUUCCUCGAGAGGGAUCCUGCCAAUCGGCUUAAGGAAGAGAUUCUUGCCAACACGUACGUUGAUAACGUGCUGAUCGGAGCGAAUACCACCAAGGAGUGUCUUACUAAGCAGAUGGAGUGCAAGGAAAUCUUCAGUCGCAUGCACAUGAACCUACGGGAGUUCAUGUCUAACAACCAGCAGACGAUGCUUAGGAUUCCAAAAGAGGAUUGUAUGACCUUACCCGGACGAUUUGUGAAGCUCCUAGGGAUCAAAUGGGACCUCAAGCUCGAUGUACUUCACGUGCCUGUUGAGAUCGCGCGACAAGAAGUGUCGAGCAAGCGUACCGCGCUUCAAGUGUAUAUAUCGCUCUUCGAUCCACUAGGACUUCUUACCCUGCUUCUUAUAAGACCUAAGAUGUUUAUACAGGACCUCUGGGAAUCUGGUUACUCGUGGGACGAUCCGUUAGACGAAAGUACUACCCAGAAAUGGAAUACCAUUGUCCAGGAAAUCAGCGGCUUUCACUUGAGACUACCACGUUUCGUAGGAUACCCAUCUGCCAACGCGUACGACCUUGUCAUCUGUUCAGACGCGUCGAAACGAGUGUAUGCUGUAGCAGUCUAUGUCGUGACGCGCACGUCCACCUAUAGCCCCAGUUCCACUCUACUCUUUGCUAAGGCAAAGUUAGCACCAUCAAGCGCGAUCACCAUCCCGCGCAUGGAACUCUUGGCGUGCCACAUGGCUGCAAAAACGGUACGUUUCCUGAAAAGCCAGCUCAAAAUUCGUUUCAAUUCCAUCAGAUUCCUGACUGAUUCUCAGAUAGUACUGUACUGGAUUUAUUCUAACAAGUUGCUCAAGACUUACGUCGCCAACCGUGUCAAGUACAUCCGACAGGUUCUCGACGAGCUUAAGUCUGACAACAUCGACUGUGGAUUUUAUUAUCUGGCUACUGACGCUAACCCGGCUGACUGCGCCACCUGUGGACUCACAGCUUUAGAGCUUGAGAAUCACAUCUGGUGGAGUGGUCCAUCCUUCAUCACGACUCCGUUUGCUGAUUGGCCGUGCAAGUCCUUCAACGCUUCUUCCGAUCCACCUCCAGGAGGAGAUUCUGAAGAACUACGGACGACCACAGCAGUAGUAACUUCAGCCAAUACCAUCAUGGCACCUUACCAGUCCUUUGUACCGUUUAGGCGUACUAACUCCUACAUCCGACUUGUUCGUAUCACAGCCUACGUCCUGAAGUAUGUAGCCAAGCUACGCCGUUUAGUAAGGACGCGCCACAGCGCUGAUGAUUCCGACGAGCAUCCCCUAUUCGGCACAAUAGACGCAAGUCCCACUGUAACACCGGGUGACUUUUCAGCUGCUGAGUUGAUCGUUAUACGUGAGCACUAUCGCGAGGUUCCUCAGCAGUUACACGGCUUUCAUCUGAAGAAACUCCGCACAAGGCAAGAAGGUGACGGUACGAUACGUGUGGACUUACGCAUGGCCAACGCAGAGACGAGCGGGACGGCGAAGAGCCCGAUUCUCAUACUCUCAGGACAUUCCCUUUGCGCCAUGCUAAUAGCUCAUUAUCACCAGAAGCUGUUCCACGCUGGUACAUCCCAUCUGAUAGUCGCCUUACGCGAGAGGUUCUACAUUCCCAGGCUUAAACGCAUGGUAAAAUCGGCUAUUGCUAAGUGUGUGACGUGCAAGCGCUAUCAAGGUCAUCUUUUUGCAUAUCCACGUUCACCAGAUCUUCCACCGGAACGCAUGCCUCAGAAGAUCGAGACGUCGUCGCGCGACAACUACGAAUCCCUGAAGACGCAGUACCGGCUCUUGCAGACCGAUCUUGAUUACUUCUGGGAUAUAUGGCACAAGGAAUACCUCGCCGCGCUCGCAGAGCGACAAGCGAUGCGCAUCCAGAAGGGCUCCGGUACCAAAAGGUCGCCGGUCGCCAAAAGAUCAGCCAAAAUUAAGAUUGGAAAGCGAAAGAUAGUGGACCGUGCACUCAAUCAUCUACUGCCGUUAGAGAUCAGUGCAGCAGACACAGAGGAUCCUCAGGCGAACGCUCAGGAGCGUAGAGCGACACGGAUUCAACCAUCAAGAACAGUGAAGGCAAAAUGA